AUGGCCUGUCUCCCAGGGCCUUUCCUCUGUGGGGCCCUGAUCGGCUUCGCAUGGCUGAGUGGGCUGGCGGUGGAGGUGAAGGUGCCCACGGAGCCUCUCAGCACGCCGGUGGGCCACACUGCCGAGCUCACCUGCAGCUACAGCACGUCAGUGGGAGACAACUUCGCCCUGGAGUGGAGUUUCGUGCAGCCAGGGAAGCCCAUCUCUUCCUCCCGGCCGAUCCUCUACUACACUAGCGGCCAGCUGUAUCCCACUGGCUCAAAGGCCGAGCGAGCCAGCCUGCUCCAGAACCCCCCCACGGGAGGGGUGGCCACCCUGAAGCUGGCCGAUGUCCGCUCCUCGGACACGGGAACCUACCUCUGCCAAGUGAACAACCCACCGGACUUUUACACCAACGGUUUGGGGCUCAUCAACCUUACUGUGUUGGUGCCCCCCAGUAGGCCUGUAUGCAGCCAGAGUGGGCAAAUCGUUGUGGGAGGCUCUGCUGCACUAGGGUGCAGCUCUGCAGAGGGCGCUCCCAAGCCCGUGUACAACUGGGUGCACCUGGGAUCUUCUCCGACGCCUGCUCCUGGCAGCAUGGUUCAAGAUGAGGUGUCUGGCCAGCUCAUCCUCACCAAUCUCUCCAUGACCUCCUCGGGCACCUAUCGCUGUGUAGCCACCAACCAGAUGGGCAGUGCAUCCUGCGAGCUGACCCUUGAUGUGACCAACCCCUCCAAAGGUCGAGUGGCCGGGACUCUGGUUGGGGUGCUCCUGGGGAUUCUGCUGCUGUCAGUGGCUGUAUUCUGCCUGCUCAGGUUCCACAAAGACAGGAAGAGGAAGCCCAAGGAGACCUAUGGGGGCAAUGACCUCCGGGAGGAUGCCGUGGCCCCUGGGAUUUCGGAGCAAACCUCUCUGAGGGCGGAUGCGAGUCCAGGGCUGCUGGAGAGGUCGCCAUCGGCCAGCACUGUGACAACCACCAAGUCCAGGCUCCCUAUGUCGGUCUGA